AUGGCCGCCGUCCCAGGCAUCGUCGAGGAGCGUAACAACACCGACGACCGGGAAACCCCCCAACCAAUUCAUCAUGCCGGCGGCUCAGAUUCCGCCGCCGAAUCAACCCUGGCCAGCCCCUCCCAACUCAGCAUCGAUGGCCGAUGGGGAGAACAAACCGAGGGCGACCCGGUUUCUCGCCAUGGCGCAAUGGAAGAUUUCGAAGAGAUGCGGCGAGAACUGAGUCGGUUGAGUCUGCAGAGAACUCGCUCGCAGGUUUCUCGUCGCUCCGUUCGGCCUGCUAGUCGAUGGCGGUCAGCCACGAAGACUACUACGAAGGAUAUCGAAAAGGGAGACGAUGAGUCCGAACAGCAUGAUCAGGACGACUUUGAUCUAGGCGAGUUUCUGAUGGGUGGCACCCUAGAACGAAGGACGACUGCAGGCGAACCCGCCAAAAAGGUAGGCGUCUUAUACAAAAACCUGACCGUCAUGGGCGUGCAAGCGUCGGCAUCUUUUGUCAAAACGCUCCCUGAAGCGCUGACUGGCACGUUUGGACCGGAUUUGUAUCAUAUUGUGCAACAUUUCUUCCCCAAGCUCCGAUUUGGUAAGCCACCCGCCACAAGAACCCUAAUCAACGAUUUCACCGGCGUUGUUCGCGAUGGCGAGAUGAUGCUUGUCCUGGGUCGACCAGGUGCUGGCUGCUCUACAUUCUUAAAAACCAUCGCCAACGACCGCUCUUCGUAUGCUGCUGUUUUGGGUGACGUGAGCUAUGGCGGUAUAUCGGCUGAAGAACAACACAAACACUUCCGUGGAGAAGUCAACUAUAACCCGGAGGAUGACCAACAUUUUGCGACCUUGACCGUCUGGCAAACCCUUAAAUUCUCGCUCAUGAACAAGACCAAGAAGGGUGAUCGAUCCAGUGUGCCCAUUAUCCUGGAUGCGUUGCUGAAAAUGUUUGGCAUCAGCCAUACGAAAAACACACAGGUGGGUAAUGAGUAUGUGCGAGGUGUCUCAGGUGGUGAACGGAAACGUGUUAGUAUUGCAGAAACUCUUGCGUCAAAGUCGACAGUAACUUGCUGGGACAAUUCUACUAGGGGUCUCGAUGCUAGCACUGCUUUGGAUUACGCAAAGUCCCUGCGAAUCAUGACCGAUAUCAGCAGACGAACUACGUUUGUCACUUUGUAUCAAGCCGGUGAAGGUAUCUACGAGUUGAUGGACAAGGUCCUCGUCAUUGACGAAGGAAGAAUGCUUUUCCAGGGUCCAGCCAACGAGGCAAAACAGUACUUCGUUGACCUGGGAUUCUACUGUCCACCACAAUCGACUACAGCCGACUUUUUGACUUCCCUUUGUGACUCUAACGCUCGUCAAUUCCAGCCUGGUAAAGAAGUAUCAGCACCGAAAACUGCCGAAGAGCUGGAGGCUGUUUUUAGGUCAAGUGAUGCCUACAAACGUAUUCUCGACGACGUUGCACUGUACAAAAGUCAACUGGCCGACAGCCAGUUAGAAGACACCCGACUAUUCCAGCAAACUGUCGGCGCAUCAAAGAGCAGAACCGUCUCGAAAAAGUCUUCCUACACCGUCUCCUUCCCCAAACAGGUUGCCGCCUGUGUCAAGCGCGAAGUGUGGCUGUUGUUAGGCGACAAGACAUCUCUUUACACGAAGUUUUUCAUUGCCAUCGCCAACGCCUUGAUUGUCAGCUCCCUGUUUUAUGGUGAAUCGCUCAACACCAGCGGCGCGUUUGCAAGAGGUGGUAUCUUGUUCUUUUCUGUUUUGUUCCUUGGCUGGCUGCAAAUGACCGAAUUGAUGCCCGCUGUCUCUGGUCGUACUAUGAUCCAGCGUCAUCGGGAUUACGCAUUUUAUCGACCUUCGGCAGUCUCGAUUGCUCGUGUUGUGGUUGAUUUCCCAUUCCUCGCUACCUUGGUCACCAUAUUUGGUAUCAUUACCUAUUUCCUGUCUGGGUUGGAUGUUGACGCAGGCAAGUUUUUCAUCUACUUGCUUUUUGUCUACACAACCACCAUCUGCAUUACGUCUAUGUACCGCAUGUUCGCCGCCUUAUCGCCUACAAUCGACGAUGCAGUUCGUUUCGGCGGAAUUGCGUUGAAUUUGCUGGUCAUCUUUUUCGGUUACGCAAUUCCAAAAAGCGCUCUGCUCAAUGGCUCUAUUUGGUUCGGCUGGUUGUUCUAUGUCAACCCCGUCUCGUACGCCUACGAGGCAGUUCUCGCGAAUGAGUUUGCGAAUCGGGAAAUGGACUGCGAUCCUUCUAUGCUUGUGCCAUCUGGUCCGGGGGCUGUAGCUGGUCACCAGAGUUGUGCUCUUCCGGGGUCUUCGGUUGAUCAGACUAGAGUCUCAGGGGCAGCGUAUCUAGAAACGUCGUUUGGCUUCACGCGCCAUCACUUGUGGCGCAAUUUUGGUGUUCUUGUUGCUUUUACGGUUCUGUACAUUCUGGUCACGGUUGUUGCAAAUGAGAUGAUGACCUUUGCGAGCGGAGGGGGCGGUGCCCUUGUCUUCAAGAAGUCUCGGCGAUCAAAGCAACUCGCUCAAGUAGAGCAGAAGAGUGAUGAAGAAAACGUUGCAAACGGUGGAGUCGUACCGGCCAGCAACUCCUCAUCCGAGGAUAAAAUCAUGAACUCUUUGACGACAAGUGACCGUAUCUUCACCUGGUCCAACGUGGAAUACACCGUCCCCUACGGCAACGGCGAGAGGAAACUCUUGAACGGGGUGAGCGGAUACGCCAAACCUGGAGUCAUGAUUGCAUUAAUGGGUGCAUCUGGUGCCGGAAAGACAACCCUCCUCAACACACUCGCGCAAAGACAAAAGAUGGGCGUCGUCACUGGCGACAUGUUGGUCGAUGGCCGUCCUCUAGGCGCUGACUUCCAGCGUGGAACCGGUUUCUGUGAACAAAUGGACCUGCACGAUGGGACAGCCACGAUCCGCGAAGCACUGGAGUUUUCCGCCAUCCUCCGCCAGGACAGAGCAACCCCCCGUUCUGAAAAGAUUGAUUAUGUCAACCGCAUCAUCGACCUCCUCGAACUAGAAGACAUCCAAGACGCACUCAUCAGUUCGCUGGGUGUCGAGCAAAAGAAGCGAGUUACCAUUGGAGUUGAGCUAGCCGCCAAGCCCAGUCUUUUGUUGUUUCUUGACGAACCGACUAGUGGUCUCGACAGUCAGGCUGCAUUCUCCAUUGUCCGAUUCUUGCGAAAACUGGCGCACGCCGGCCAAGCCAUCGUCUGCACAAUCCAUCAACCUUCUUCCAUGCUCAUCCAGCAAUUCGACAUGAUCCUCGCCCUCAAUCCCGGCGGAAACACUUUCUAUUUCGGCUCCGUAGGCGAAGACGGCCGCGACGUAGUGGAAUACUUCGCUGACCGGGGCGUGGUGUGCCCUCCAUCCAAGAACGUGGCCGAAUUCAUCCUCGAAACAGCCGCAAAACCCGUCGUUCGCAACGGGAAACAAAUAGAUUGGAAUGAAGAAUGGCGCAGCUCCGCUCAAAACCAAAAGCUACUCGACGAGAUCGAAAAGAUCGUCAAAGAGCGCAGUCAAAUCCCCAUCUCAGACGACGCAACGGGAAAACAAACGGAAUUCGCGGCCCCAGUCACAACACAAAUCGAAAUGCUCACCAAACGAGUGUUUCUGCAGUACUGGCGUGAUCCUUCCUAUUACUACGGCAAAAUCUUCGUCAGCGUUAUCCUAGGUAUCUUUAACGGCUUCACUUUCUGGAAGCUCGGCAACACCGUGUCAAGCUUGCAGGACCGAAUGUUCUCAACUUUCCUCAUCAUCCUCAUCCCGCCCAUCGUGAUGAACAGCAUCCUCCCAAAAUUCUACAUGAACAGAUCUCUAUGGGAAUUCCGCGAAUACCCCAGUCGAAUCUACGGCUGGGUCGCGUUUUGCACUGCAAAUGUCGUUUGCGAGAUUCCCAUCGCCAUCCUCACGUCGGUUAUUUACUUUGUGCUCUGGUACUUCCCCGUCGGCCUACCGACGGACUCCAGUUCGGCGGGAUACGUCUUUCUCAUGACAAUGCUUUUCUUUUUCUUUCAAGCGAGCUGGGGACAGUGGAUUUGCGCGUUUGCGCCUUCGUUUACUGUCAUCUCGAAUGUCCUGCCCUUCUUCUUCGUAAUGUGCAACCUCUUCAACGGCGUAGUCCGCUCCUACGCCGAGUACCCCGUGUUCUGGAAGUACUGGAUCUACUACGCGAACCCAAUCACAUGGUGGAUUCGGGGCACUCUAUCCGCCGUUUUACCUUCUGUGGCAGUGGAAUGUGCACCUCAGGAAGUCACCUACUUCACGCCUCCGGACGGCCAAAGCUGCCAAUCCUACGCCUCGGACUGGGUGAACAACAUCGCUGGAACGGGCUAUCUCCUACCAACCACAAAUGCGGGAGGAGAGUGUGGAUAUUGCAUGUACAGCAAUGGAAGCGAGUACAUGCACACUCUCAACGUGCAGGAUGACGACAAAUGGCACUGUUUCGGCAUCUUUCUCGCCUUUGUGAUUAUCAACUGGGUGCUGGUUUAUUUCUUCAUCUAUACAGUUCGCAUCAGGGGGUGGUCGUUUGGCAUGGGUUGGUUGUUUGGUGGGAUUGGGGCUGUUGUUGGUGGAUUCAAGAAGCUGAUUAGGAGGAAGUAG